GCGAAGAGGUUCGUUCAAUUAUAUGUUUCAAUUUUGUAAAGGAUCAUUCAUAGCAUCUGUAACGUUACAUUUUGUUUAUUCGUUAUCGGAAUGAAUCCGAAAAUUUUAUGCCUCUAUAUUUUUAACAGACAGACACCAAAUUAAUACAAUCUUUCCAUUGUUACAGGAUCACUCGAAGCAGCUACUAGAGCACCUGACUGAAUCAGAAAAAAUAUUCCUAUUUGGUGCCAACCCUAGCGAAGCACAAUUCGAAGUAGCACAUCUCAAGCAGCCAAAACGUCGUAAACGCUCACUACUAUACGACGACCAGGAUCUAGUCGGGCUGAAGAAGCACCUGGACAUCAAACUAAGUCCCAGGAACAGUUUCCUGGACCCUCAGUUCCUGUUGAUGAGGAGGUGGUCCAAUAACACAGAGGUGGUACUGGAUCAGCAUGCUGAUGAAGAAGUGGACUUGUGUUAUUAUAAGGGAGAUAAUGCAGCGUUGUAUGUUUGUGAUGAUGUGAGAGGAUUAGUCAGAUCCAACGACACUUACUACUUCAUACAUCCACUGCCAGACAGAUUUCACGAUGACCACGCUAAAGCACACGUGAUCGUGAAAAAACAAAUGAAUGAAAACAAAGAUCAAGACGACUCAUGUAUAGAAAGAGAUAAUAUAAUCGAUGACCCACAACCAGCCACCACAUGGAAAAAACACAGAAGAAAACGAGAAGCACCAAGCAAUGUAAAUUAUAAUUUAGAAGACUUCAAAGUUAAUUUAGCACAUAGGAAUAAAACUAUUACAGAUUUUAUACAAAAACUAUCGAAUGGUACGCCAAGGCAACGAAGGGCGAUACUGCCAGCUGUUUUUGUGGAAACAGCAGUAUUUGUAGACAGAGACUUAUACAAACACAUGACAAUAAAUUUCCCGAAAGACACAGAAAGGGAAUUAGUGAGAUUCGUACUAGCUAUGAUAAAUGCAGUACAAUUGAUCUACCACGAUCCUUCUUUGGGUAGACCAGUGAAUUUUAUAUUGAAAAGACUGGAGAUUCUACACGAAGACCCAGCUAAUCUGAAAAGACCGCAUGAUAUAGAUAGGUUUCUUAGUAACUUUUGCACUUGGCAAAGACUAGAGAAUCCUCCUGGAGAUAAUGAUCCGUUGCAUUGGGAUCAUGCCCUGAUACUGACUGGAUUAGACCUGUAUGUUGUUAACAAGAAUGGUAAAGUUAGCAGUCAAGUUGUGGGAUUGGCUCCAGUGGCUGGAAUGUGCACUGUCACUAGCAGUUGUACCGUCAACGAAGGACGACAUUUUGAAAGUGUCUACGUUGUCGCACACGAAAUUGGACACAAUCUUGGUAUGCGUCACGAUGGACCGCUGGCCGACAACGGCUGUGACCCGAGCGCGUACAUCAUGAGCCCUACGCUUGGUAGUGGCAAGAUCACCUGGUCGCAAUGCAGCAAGAACUAUCUUCAGAAGUUUUUAGACACAGUACAAUCGCGAUGUCUCCUAGAUCACGGAAACUCAGCCGGCCAGUUGGAUCACAGCGCUGAAGGAAUUCUACCUGGGGAACGAUUUGACGCCGACCAACAAUGUAUGCUAAAGUAUGGACGAGGCAGCAGACAUUCGGGAGCUCAAAGCCUGGAAGAUAUUUGCAGGGACCUUCACUGUCAACGUGAGAGGUAUACCUGGACUUCCCAUCCAGCUCUAGAAGGAACGCGGUGUGGCGAGGACAUGUACUGCAGAGGAGGGGAAUGCGUGGAACGUGAAGGGUCUACAGUAGUCCGAGGAGCUUGGGGACGCUGGUCUGGCUGGUCGGAGUGUGCGUCAGCCUGCCUCGUGGAUGACACUCAUGCACCCGCUGCUGCAGGAGUCGCUGUUGCUACUCGACGAUGCAAUAGAGCAAGACAUGAAAAUGGAAAGAAUCACUGCGUUGGACACGACAAGAAGUACCAAUCGUGUCAUGCUCAGCAGUGCAGUAAUGUACCGAGAAUGACAGUGCGGGAGUUCGCCGAUCAAAUCUGUCUGAGGGCCCGUGAUGUGGAUCCGGACCUCAUUGGAACUGGACUGCAGAGAAUCGACUCUGAUGAUGUGAGCAGUGCAUGUGCUGUUUGGUGUGACACUCGUGGCGGGGGCUAUAAGUCCCGCGGUUGGAGUCUACCCGAUGGUACAGCCUGCUCUAACGUCUCACCUAUGUUUUGCAUCAGUGGUAUUUGUCAAAAAUUCACAUGCUCAUCGAACCCGGACACAGAAUUUUCGUUGAAGCCCAGUGACUGCGAAUGGGAAGCAUUGAGAACUGCCACGCCACCAACGACAUCGACCAAGACAUCAGGCACAUGGCGUCGUGCAGUAGGAGGACAGUGGCGUCCAGCCUCAGGCUGCCACUACCACUGCAUCUCACCAGGUGCUGGCGUCAGGCUCGUCACUACCACCACCAGGGACCGACCUUUGACCAGCAUACAGUUAUGCUCUCCUGAUAGUAGACCUGAUUCUGGAUGCACCCAAAGAAAAUCACCCUACCAAUACGCAACUAUGGUAUGUACCAAGUACAAGGACAGAGUGAGGAGGCUGUCCGGAUUGGGCAUGCAAAUAUCACCAGCUUUGGAGGAUCCGGACCGUCCGUGUCGCAUAGCGUGCCAGGACGAGCGUGUCUCCCAUCGGUUCUACCUAGUCAAUGGACAUGAGGGAUGGUUCCCGCUAGGAACGUCGUGUGGGAAAAGAAACGCUUCGUACUGUGUUAGCGGAAAGUGUUUGGAAUUCGGUCCAGACAACACUCCAGUGUCGGAGAUGGUGUUCACGCUGCCCCUGCUCGGCCGUGGCGCCAACGCCAGCGUCUCCUGGCGCACCUCGCGCUCCACCGGACCCCCGCACUCCCCGCGCUCCGGGCGACACCGCCGCAGUCUGCGCCCGCAGCGGGGCACUGUCAAGGCUAGCCUCGACCAGACUCACCUCGAUGACAUUAUUGCUAGACUGAAUUUGACUCACAACCUGAACGACCACAUAACCUACUUCGACACAAUACCGGAGCACAUCGAGCUGGACUUCAACAACCCGAUACACAUCGCGCCAGAAGACACACUGCUUAGGAAAAAACCAAGGCCAACGUGGGACUGAACUUAAAAGAACUUCUUAUAAGACCAAUUUAGAGCCUAUACAUAAUAAAUAUCGCAUCUUAUACGAGAAUUGUGAAACCAG